UUAAAAAUGCCCAGUAUAUCCUAUGGACUGCCCAUCUGUUCACAUGCUCUAAAUCUUGAAAUCCUGAUUGUGUUGGAGAGGAAGAUAACUUUGAAGAAACUGAAAAGGAUCUUCUGGGAUCUCUUUCUUGAAUUCCAUUUUUUAUUUUUUCCUUGAAAAGGUUCGUUUUUUCACUUUUCAGAAGCAGCAUUCCGGGCAUCAAUGGCGGAAUCCAAGAAGUACAUUACUGCUGAGGAGCUGAAGAAGCACAACAAAGCAGGGGAUCUGUGGGUGUCUAUUCAGGGGAAAGUGUAUGAUGUUUCAGAGUGGGUGAAAGUCCACCCAGGUGGGGAGCUGCCUCUGAGGAGCCUUGCAGGCCAAGAUGUGACCGAUGCUUUUGUGGCAUUCCACCCAGGGGCUGUCUGGCACCACCUUGACAGAUUCUUCAAUGGCUUUUACCUCAGGGACUACACAGUAUCCGAGGUGUCCAAGGAUUACAGGAGGCUGGUGUCUGAGUUCUCCAAGAUGGGGCUGUUUGAGAAGAAAGGGCAUGGGGUUUUCUUCUCCAUGUGCUUCAUUGCUAUCAUAUUUGCUGUGAGUGUUUAUGGGGUUUUGUGCAGUGAAAAUGUGUGGGUGCAUUUGGUUAGUGGAGGGCUGAUGGGGUUUCUGUGGAUUCAGAGUGGGUGGUUAGGGCAUGAUUCUGGGCACUAUCAGAUUAUGAUGAGUAAAGGGUGUAACAGAUUUGCCCAGAUCCUUACUGGGAAUUGUCUUGCAGGGAUAAGCAUUGGGUGGUGGAAAUGGAACCACAAUGCCCACCACAUUUCCUGCAACAGCCUUGACCAUGAUCCUGAUCUUCAGCACCUGCCUUUCUUUGUGGUAUCUUCCAAGUUCUUUAGCUCACUCACUUCAUAUAUCUAUGAAAGAAAGAUGAACUUUGACACAUUUGCUAGGUUCUUGGUUAGCUAUCAGCAUUGGACAUAUUAUCCUGUCAUGUGUUUUGCUAGGAUUAAUCUGUUUGCACAGUCAUUUGCACUGUUAUUGUCCAACAGAAAAGUGCCCAAUAGGGGGCAGGAGCUAUUGGGGCUGCUUGCAUUUUGGGUCUGGUAUCCAUUGCUGGUUUCUUGCUUGCCCAAUUGGUGGGAGAGAAUCAUGUUUGUGGUGGCUAGUUUUACAGUGACCGGGAUUCAGCACGUUCAGUUCACCCUCAACCAUUUCUCGUCCAGCGUUUAUGUUGGACCGCCUACUAGCCAUGACUGGUUCGAGAAGCAGACUAAUGGAACUCUUGGCAUUUCCUGCUCUUCUUGGAUGGAUUGGUUCCAUGGAGGGCUGCAGUUUCAGGUUGAACAUCAUUUAUUUCCCAGGUUGCCAAGGUGUCAUCUCAGGAAAGUGUCUCCCUUUGUUAAGGAUCUGUGCAGAAAGCAUGGUUUGCCCUACAACUGCGCCUCGUUCUGGAAGGCGAACCUAUUGACUAUCAGAACGCUUCGUAAUGCUGCACUGCAGGCGCGGGACUUGACCAAGCCAGUGCCCAAGAACUUAGUCUGGGAAGCUGUUAAUACCCAUGGUUGAGGCUGCUGGAUGGAGUUCUUGAGGAUCUCAUCUGUUCUGUGUCAUUUUCACUUCGAAAAUGAGAAGAAUUCUUUUACAUUGUUUUAUGGCUUUUUUUGGAUGAAUUGUAGCUAAGAUAAUGUUAUCUCCAAACCUCUAGCAUUGCUGCAUUGUUACUGUAAUUUCUAUGAAAUGUUAUGUCUUUUUUUUUUUUUU